AUGAACAACUGCACUAUAAAAGUUCAUUGGUUAAACAAAUCCAGGGCCUUCAGGGUCCUUUGGCUAUUGGAUCACUUAAACAUUACCUAUGAGAUUGUCCCUUAUGAAAGAACUCCAGGAUUCAGAGCUCCAGAAUCAUUGAAAAAGAUCCAUCCCUUAGGUAGAUCUCCUAUUUUGGAGGUCGAGUAUAAAGAUAAUGGUAGGAAAGACAUUGUGGCAGAAUCGGGAUACAUUUUCCAAUAUGUCCUCGAGCAUUUCGACAAAGAGGGAAAGUUGAACAACAGUGAUCCACAACAGGCAGAGAAGAUUAAGUACUAUUUGCAUUACGCAGAAGGCUCUCUACAACCUCCAUUAUUCUUUGAAUUCAUUCUCGGCCUUGCUAAGAACGCUAAGCUUAUGUUUCCACUCUCUUACCUAACUAAUAAAGUCGCGACCGGUAUCAGCGAGAAGUACUCUAAGGGUGAAGUGAAGAACCAAUUGGAUUUCAUUGAAGGUGAAAUUCCUAAAAAUGAUGGCUACCUAGUAGGUGGAAAGUUAAGCGCAGCAGAUAUUUUAUUGUCUUUCCCUCUAGACACAGCUCUGGGAAGAGGUUAUUGCGACCCUAACGAUUACCCCGCAAUAGCUAACUGGCUAAAGAAGAUUAAGAGUGAACCUUCCUAUGAAAAGUCGAAAAGCAAGGCUAAAGAGCUUGGCUCUGACUAUUGA